CGGCCCGGAGCCAGCGGUUCUCAGUCUAGUAUUUUCCCUGACUCGGGCGCAUGCUCGGGCCCCUUCACUCAACAAACGCUGGGCCGAGCUACGCAGUUCGGGAGCCAGAGCCGGGAGCGAAGGCAGCCAGUCCUCAUUAGGGACAGAUAGACAGACGGGCUGCUAUGGCAUCCUACUACGAGAUCCUGGGUGUGCCUUCAAAUGCGUCCCCUGAUGACAUCAAGAAGGCUUACAGAAAGAAGGCGCUACAGUGGCAUCCAGACAAGAAUCCUGACAACAAGGAAUUUGCAGAGCAGAAGUUUAAGGAAGUGGCAGAGGCCUAUGAAGUGCUGUCUGAUGAGCGUAAACGGAACCUCUAUGACCGCUAUGGCAAAGAUGGACUGUCUGGGGCUGCAGGUUCAGAAUCUCCAUGGGCUGGAUCUGGUGGAUUCACCUUCACUUUUCGAAACCCUGAAGAAGUCUUCAGGGAAUUUUUUGGGACCCAAGAUCCAUUUGCUGACUUUUUUGAUGACCUAGGCCCUGGUCAGGGCAUGCUGCAUACCAGAGCCUUCUUUGGUUUUGGGUCCCCCUUCUCCGCCCACCCAGCCUUUGCUUCAGCCUUUUCCUUCAGUCCUGGGGCCCAUUCCCUACGUUCUGUGACCACCUCUACAGCCUUUGUUGAUGGCCAUCGAGUUACAACUCGAAGAAUCAGGGAGAAUGGAGAGGAACGGGUGGAGAUUGAGGAGGAUGGGCAGCUGAAGUCAGUCCUUGUCAAUGGAAUCCCUGAUGACCUGGCUCUGGGGCUGGAACUGAGUCGCCGAGAGCAGCUGCAGUUGACCAGACAAUUUCCUGGGCCUCUGCUCAAGCCAUUCCAUGCCGCGGCCCUCUCGGACAGUGAACCUUCCGAUGAAGAUGAGGACAUGCAGCUGGCCAUGGCCUAUAGCCUGUCUGAGAAGGAGGAAGCGGAGAAGAAGAAGGACGCAGGGGUGGAGAAGAAGGAGGCAGCAGCCUCGGAGAAGAAGAAGGAGGCAGUGGUGGAGAAGAAGGAGGCAGCAGCCUCGGAGAAGAAGAAGGAGGCAGUGGUGGAGAAGAAGGAGGCAGCAGCCUCGGAGAAGAAGGAGGCAGCAGCCUCGGAGAAGAAGGAGGCGGUAGCCGUGGAGAAGAAGGAGACGGCAGCCACGGAGAAGAAGGAGGCAGCAUCACUGGAGAAGAAGGAGGCAGCAGCGGAGAGGAAGAAGGAGGCUCCACCUGUAGCUGGACGGGGGGGCACUCAGCAUCAGCACCCGAAUCCUGGGAACCGGGCCUCGAUACCUACAGCUUCAACUGAGAAGAAGGCCACAGGUGGGCGGUUGGCCGGCCAACAACAGAAGAGUCCAGACAACCGGGCAGCCCACGGAGCUGGGAACCGGGCCUCGAUACCUUCAGCUGCAACUGAGAAGAAGGCCACAGGAGGCUGGCGGGCCGGCCAGUGGCAGAAAAAUCCGGAGCCCCGGGCCCAGGAGGAGAAAAAGUCUCCAGGCUUUGGUGCUAAAUGAGGAAGAAGCCGGAAGGGCCGAGGGUCUCCAGGGUAGGUAGGCUAAGAUGGCUAAGGAGUUCCUUCAGUAGCCCCGACACUCUGACCCAGCUCCCCUCCUUUCCUUCUUUUUUGAGCUGUUCCUAUCCCCUGUUGGGCUUUUGGACUGGUUGGAAAAUGGGGGGGGGGGAACCAGGAGAGAGGGGGAUGGUACGGGGUAAGGGACGACCCCCAAGACUUGGCCCAUCUGGGGACUGUGAAUUCCCUCCCCUCCUCGCAACCCCAAGGUUCUAGGGGAGCCCCCGCUUGACUGCUGUGCUCUGCCCCAGGCUGCUUGGCGCUGACCCUUCUUUCCUGUCACCUCUGCCCUGCUCUCUCCCCAGAUGUAUUCUGAACUGGAUGUCCAGGACCCAGAGCCGCCACAAAACUCCUUCAGGAUGUCGCCCUUCCCUGGGUGCAGGGUGGGGGGAUUCCCCUCCAUUCCUCUCCCCCAUCCAUGCUGAGCUCUGAGCCAUGGCCUGGAUGGUGUGCUUCAGGGGCAGGUGGGCGGUGGGUUAGUAGUAGUAGACUUCCCAAGAGGCCGUGUUCGGGAGCCCUUGGAAACUACAUGUCCCACAAUGCUAUGUACCCCUUCAUAGAUUGCCUGGGUGAAACUGUAAGUGGUGUGGGAGCAAUGCAUCUUAGGACAUGCAGUUUCCACCAGUACCAGCCGCAGGCGGCCUCUCUCCCGUCCUGUGACCACUCAGAGGGAUCCUAUCUGGCGUCGUGGAGGCGGAGAGGGGGUGGGGGCUGGGGAGGGGGAGAGCCGGGGGGCUGAGCUCCUCCAGCUCUGUCUCCCCUUCGGACUCCGCCGGAGGGGGGAGGAGGCGUGGAGUCCCUCUGCGUGGGGUGGGGGCGCAGCAGCGGGAGGGGGGGCUCCAGUCAUCCGUGCUGCGAAGGGGCCCGGAGAACAAAGCGGCUCGCAGCCCAGCGCCGUGCCCGGAGGCAGCAGGACCAGCUGACGGAGGAGGCGGAGGAGAAGGCGGAGGCGGAGGCGGCGGCGGCGGGGGAGGGUCCGGGUGGGGCAGGGGUCUCUGCUGGGCGCGGUGCGGAGUUAGGAAUGGGGCGCGGAAUGGGAAACCGGAGCUGGCUCCAACCGGCUGCGAGGGUGAGAUGUGUGGGGACAGCUGAAUGGGGCCGGCAGGAGGGCCGAAGGGCACGUGGCCGCUUGCGCGGACUCCUCCGGCCUGCGACCCUCCUCCCUCCGUGAGGACGCAGCUGGCCCCUCUCCCUAUGGAGCCCCGAGGAGGGGAGGAGGUAGGGGUGAGGAAGCACGAGCGCUCCACCAUGUCGGCUUGGGACGGCCUGCUGGGCCAGUAGGUGUUUAGCGCAUUCAUGAGUGAAACACUGGAAAUCAAUAAACUGAGGAUAUUUGGAGACCCUU